AUGGAUAGUGGAUCACCACUUAUCCUAUUCCUCAUCAUCAAGUUGUUGGAAUUGAUUGGAUAUACAUUCUCAAUCAUAUGUCUUCCAAUAACAUUAUAUUGUAAAUUAGUAUUGUUAAUCGUUGCCCAAGAAUCUAGCAUCAAGGAAUCUAAAGGCUUUCACUUGUUUAUUGCAUUGCCGCGAUUGUUAUUGGUGUUGCCAUUCUUCCCAUGGUCAUUCUUGGCAUUGUCUGGCCUUUAUGGAUGGUUGAUCAGCCUGGCCAUCAAGGACGGACGACUGUUCAUCCCGUUCGUCAUUGGCCUGGGCGCAUUGGCCGUCAACAUCAUUGGUUUCAUCUUCACCUGCUACAAGUUCCCCUCGGUCAAGCCCAAGUUUGGCGCAUACUUCAAACAGGUUCUGGAGGCGCUGGCCGACCUGUUCGCAUUCAUCGCCUUUGUCUUGUCGCUGGCAACAUUCAUCCGCGUACCCUUCAUGAUAUACACAGUGUUUAGCGCACCCUAUGAAGGACCCACCCGCAAGAAGAAGACUGUGCGCAAGCAGCUGUACACACACAUGGCCCUCAUACUGCCCGACCUGCUGUGUCUGCCGCUGCUCCUCAUCGAGAUGCUCUUCUUCUGGCGCUUCAAGUCGCUGCGCACACAUGCACACAACAAGUCAGUGGUGUUCUCAUUCCAACUGCGCUUCCUCAUCGUGCUGGAGUUCUUCAAGCUGUUCUGGGACUUCUUUGUCAUUAUGUGCUCGAUACUGUUACUGCUCGUGCCUUAUCGCAUCCCCAUCGCGUUCCGCAAGGCACGCGCUUCCAAGACCAUGGACGACGCCAUGCUCAAGAUCAUGAAACAGGUGCUGUGGGCGCUGCUCGACCUGCUGGUCAUACUCCUGUACGUGCUGUUCAUUGUCAGCACUCUGUAUCGCAUCUACAUCUCGAUCAAGAAGAUCAAGGGCCAGACAAGAGCAAGCGAUCGCCGCUGGAAGGUGUUUGAACAGAUUGGCCUGGUGUUCCUGGACCUCUUCAUGCUGUUCUGCUCGCUGUUCAUCGUGAUCACGGUAUACCGCAUACCCAUCACUUAUAGGAAGCUGCGUCUGGACAACGCCAACAACUUCCAGAUCACAAUCAUCAAGCAGUGGCUCAAGCUGAUGCGCGACAUCCCCUUCAUCGUCAUGGGCAUGUUUGUGACGCUGCUCGUAUGGCGUGCCUUCUUCAUGUGGCGUGAUAUUGGCGCAGAGCGACGCCACUCACGCAAGCGACUGAUGGCCGCCAAGCACUUUGGCAUGUUGUUUGUCGACAUCCUCGACCUGCCAUUCGUGCUGUGCUCGCUGGUCAUCCUAGUUACAGUGUGGCGCUCAUACUUCUUCAUCGUGGAGUUCCCCACUGGUGUGAGCCGAUGGAGACAGCGCGCAUAUGUUAUGAAGACAUUCCUCAAGCUGAUCAUGGAUAUCCCCACCGCAAUUGGCUUCCUCAUACUCAUGGCCACAGUCUACAGAGCGCGCGAUACAAUCCGCAUGCUCAAGACUGCACGCAUAUUCACAGCAGAGCGACCGACCAGCAAGAGCAGCAGCAGUGGUGCCGAGCUCGAGAUAUCUGCACCAUCAUCCACCAACUCAUCGGUCCAAUCGAUGGAGAUGGGCGACCCCGAGGACAACCCAGCGCCCACCACCACGCUGGCAACCGCCGCGCUCAGCUGUCACCUCAUCAUUGGCAAGCAGUUCUUCCUACUUAUCGUCGACAUCCCAUUCCCAUUGUUGAUGCUGUUGACCCUGUGGCGUCUGCCCAUUGUCAUCCGUCGCAUGGGUGAGCUGGAUGACCCCGACCGCAAGUACGCCCAGCGUCGUCUACUCAUCCUGCGCUACCUGCUCUUUGUUCUGCUCGAUCUGCUUUGUCUCAUCCCUGUUCUCUUCAUCCUGCUGACGAUGUGGCGCAUUCCAUCAUUCAUCAAGAUGGUCAAGGAGUACAAGAGAGGUGAUAAUGAGCAUCGCGACAUUGCCAAGCUAUUCCAAAAGACCCUGAUGGACCUACCAUUCGUCCUGCUUGGUAUCAUGACACUCAUAUUCCCAUGGCGUGGCGUCAACCUCAUCAAGGCAGUUUACCGCGAGUCCAAGUCCGACUACGAAGCACGUAUGCUCGCACUCCAAUACUUUGCCGUCCUCUUCAUCGAUAUGCUCUGUUUCCUUUGCAUGAUAUUCAUAUGCCUUGGACCUUGGAGAAUACGCACUGCGAUCAAGUUGUACAGGGAGGAGUUGGAGCCACAGAGCACAAACAGAUGGAAGCAUACCUAUGCAUUCUGCAUCGCAUGUCUAUGUGGCGUGGCACUCAUCCUCAUUGAUGUGUUGGCAGUCAUUCAGACAUUCUUCAUUACAUUGCUGGCAUGGCGAGUUCCAAUCACUAUCUCAGCGAUCAAGAAGGGCAAGAAGGAGCAGGAUGAGAAGCAGAAGCCAUUCGGUACCGCCGAGCUCUACGCCUAUAUCUCAUUCUACUUCUUGGAGACAUUGCGCGAUAUCCCUCACCUAGUCUUUGCCCCACUCAAGCUCGUUGGUCUAGUAUUCCUACCCUUGCACUACUACCUCUCCAAGCGUACACAGUCUCCAACCAACUCAUUCCUCAACAUACCAUUGAAGUGGUUACACGAGCUCUCUGUUCAAUGUAUGACAUACCUCGAGUUUGACAAGUUCGCCACGAUCAACAUCAUUGGCGCAGUGAUCAGUGUACCAAACGAGCUUGGCUUUGCUCUUGUCGGCAUCAAUGCCAUCUACAUGUUCAUCGUUACACUUGGCUCACCACUCUGGAACAAGAAGCGCAUUGAGUUCAAUUGGGAGCAACUUGGACAGGCACAAGGACCAAUGGUCAUACCCGAGUACAUUAUUGUGAUUCUUCAGACUCUGCUCUUCCCCGUCUUCUUGGCAAUGCAGCUCAUUCUGUUGAUACUCCCAUUGUUGGUGGCGCUGGGCGCCUAUCAAAACCCACGACAAUCAUUCGUAGACUACUGGCACAGCCUCUUCACCGACCGUCAAUGGUGGCGCGACACUGUUGGCGAGUUCUCAGCUGGAAUCUGGGUCGCACAGGGCGUCUGGGUGCUGGUGAUGCUCGUGUGUUGGAACGUGACGGUGCUGGUGUCUCGCAAACACUUCCCCCUGUUCUCACCAUGGCGCGCAUACUACUGGCUUGUCAAGAAGGUGUUUGUCGGACGCGUCUGGGGCUUGUACAAACAGUUGCUGGCCAGUCUGACAUACGUGUGCUUCCGUCUGCGUCGUGCAUGCUUCGUUGGCGAGAUCCUCAUGUUCCCACUGUUCCUCAUUUGGACCUGCUGGCCACUGAUCAUCCCCAUUGUCACCAAGAUCUACUACCUCUUCAUCCCCUUUGGUCUGCUCACACUGUUCCUCGUAGUGAUGAGCUAUCGCAUUAUCAAGGAGUCUUGGGGCGAGCCCAUCCCUGUGGACGCCACACCCAAGGUGGUCUUGACAGGCGUGUUUGUGGACAUUCUCGAGACGGGCGGCAUCGUCUUCACAUUCGAGGGUGUCAAGGACCCCCUGUUCGCGAUCAGAGAUGCACGUCUAUCAUUCGUUGGCGAUGAGAUCUGGAAGUGUAUCGAGAGUGCCAUUGGCAAGACCAAGUUGCGCGCAGCACUCAUGCUCACCAGCUACCCAAUCUCCCUGUGUCCACAGUUCCUAGACAUUAGCCUAGUAAAUGCAGCCACCUCCAACAUCACAUUCAAGCUCAACAUAGGUCUACAAGGCUCUGGUCUACUCAUCAAGAAGAAGAUCCUCAUCCGUACCAUCGAGAACAUUAUGAAACAUGGCAACCCUACCUUUGACUUUGUUAUCGAGUAUGGCAAGACUGACUUUGGCUGGAAGAAGCAUGGUAUAUUGUGUCAGUAUAACACUAGUCUGUCAAUCAUCUUGGAGGCUGGACUUGAUCAGAGCGCAGCCAAUCAUGCCAUUCCAGUACCCCAAAUGGAGAUAAGCGUGAUACCCAAUCAUUCACCGCCACCAAUUGCUCCACCUCUGCCAUCUGCACUAAAGAACCCUACAAGAGUCCAACGCACGACAUCCACUGCACCACCAGUUCAACUGAACGAAUCGAUGGAUCCUGAUCUAAGACUGGCCAUCGAGUUGAGUUUGGCUGAGGAGCAAAGCAGACAACAACAACAGAACAACAACGACAAUUCCAAUCAGACACUCGACGAGAGUGAUGACAAGGUAUUCUUUAAGAACCUCAAAGACAGCAUACAACGUGAACAUGUAAAUAGCCACAGUCGAAGUAAUAGCAAUAGUAGUAGUAGCAGCAGCGACGGUAACAAGCACGUCAAGUUCGAAGAGGAAGAAGAAGUCGACGACGACGACAUCAAGAAUAUUAUUACGACAGAGCAAUCAACUUCAUCAUUGAACAUUAACGAUGAAGAUCAACAACAACAACAAUCAACAGUGUCUGAUGACAUCAUCGAGGCUGAGCCAUUGCCAACUCAAACACACAAUAUCGAAGAGCCAGUCAACCUAGCCAAUGACAAUGACGACUUGAGCAGCAAUAGCAGUAGCAGUAGCAGGUAG